UUAUCACCAACUGCUUUCAAGGCAUACAAAUGAAGUUAAUUACCAGCUCCCAAUCAGCUAGCCAGCAGAUCAUCUAGUGAAAAGGAAGCAAGAUCGAUGAAUAGUCACUCGAUCAUGGCGGUGCCGUCGGUGUUCGCCGCCUUCGACGAGGACGGCGACGGCAAGGUGUCCGCCUCCGAGCUGCGGCGCUGCAUGGAGGCCACGCUGGGCGACGGCGUGUCCGAGAAGGAGGCGGCCGCGGUCCUCGCGGCGGUGGACGCGGACGGCGAUGGGCUGCUAAACCAAGAAGAGUUCUCGAGGCUGACAGCCGGCGCCGGCAUCCAUGAAGAGGAGGACGAUGCAGACCCGAAGCGAAGGUGCCUGAGGGAGGCGUUCGGGAUGUACGCGUCGUCGCCCACGGAAGACACGAUUACGCCGGCGAGCCUGAGGCGGACGCUGAGCAGGCUGGGGUCGCACGAGCUGGGCGUGGAGGAGUGCCAGGCAAUGAUCUGCAGGUUCGACCUCGAUGGCGAUGGCAAACUCUCGUUCGACGAGUUCCGGGUCAUGAUGAUGGCAUGAUCAUCGACUCGAUCUCUUCUUCGCAUUCUUCUAGAUCACAUAGAAUGUUCACUUAAUUCAUUUAUCGAUCACAUAUGUAUGUACAGUCAUGUGUUCAUUCAUUCAUUGUUUUGGUCGCACAAAUGCAUGAUGGCUUGUAUGUCAGGUUAUUGGGGAAGUUGUGGCUUUAGUUCAAAUGUGGGUUGACUGUUUUCAGUUGUCCAACUGAAAGGAUGGUUAUAUUUGCAGUCUUGUGCAACACUUGAGGAUCUUAUUGUGACGAGUGAGGACUUCCGGAGGUUUCGAGCCGGAGGCAAAUUUGCAUCGCAUCAAUUAAGCUUA